AUGUUGAAUGCCAUAUCAUUUCCCACCAAAACUCCCACCAUCAUGCAAACCAUAAUCAACAACCUUCACGAGAACUGCAAAACAAUGUCGGACCUCAAGCAAAUCCACGCUCUGCUCCUCACUUCCGGCCUCUCCCACCAACAACCCUCCACUUCCCAACUCAUCAACUUCUCAUCUCUAUCCGAUUCCGGUGACACAGACUACUCUUACCGCAUCCUCACCCACCUCCCCACCCCCACAGUAUUCGACUGGAACGCCGUCAUCCGAGGCUACUCCAAGAGCCGAAACCCUAACCGUUCGAUCUCCAUCUUCAUCAAAAUGCUGCGUCAUGGGACCUCCCCGGAUUACCUAACGUACCCUUUUCUGGCCAAAGCCUCAGCCCGGUUGCUGAAGCGUGAGCUUGGCGUAGCAAUACAUGGCCACGUUGUCAGAGGUGGGUUUGAGUCGGAUAGGUUUAUAAGUAACUCCUUGAUUCAUAUGUAUGCUACUUGUGGAGAUAUAGUGUAUGCGCGUAGAGUGUUCGAUGGAAUCUCCGUGAGGAAUUCGGUGUCGUGGAAUUCCAUGCUGGAUGGUUAUAUGAAGUGUGGCGAUGUCGUUUCGGCGAGGGAAGUGUUUGAGUUGAUGCCGGAGCGGAAUGUUGUGUCGUGGAGUUCUUUGAUUGAUGGGUACGUUAAGGAUGGGGAGUAUGGGGAGGCUUUGAGGGUGUUUGAGAGAAUGCGAGUUGUAGGGCCGAAGGCGAAUGAGGUGACUAUGGUGAGUGUAAUGUGCGCGUGUGCGCAUUUGGGUGCGCUUGAGCAAGGGAGGAAGAUGCAUUGUUAUAUGGUGGAGAAUGAACUGCCGUUAACUCUGGUGUUGCAGACAGCUCUCGUGGACAUGUAUGCGAAAUGUGGGGCGAUAGACGAGGCUGUAGGUGUUUUUCGUGGGGUUAAGUUGUGGCAGUCCGAUGUUUUGAUAUGGAAUGCAAUGAUCGGAGGGCUUGCAACUCAUGGAUUGGUCGGACAGUCGCUUGAAUUCUUUAGGGAGAUGCAGAUGAUUGGAAUUGUGCCGGAUGAGAUCACGUACUUGUGCUUGUUGAGUGCUUGCGCUCAUGGGGGGUUAGUCAAAGAAGCUUGGCAUUUCUUUGACUCUACUGGCAAACAUGGUAUGACACCCAAGUCUGAACACUAUGCUUGCAUGGUGGAUGUUUUAGCAAGAAGAGGCCAAGUUGAAGAGGCAUACCAGUUUAUAAGCCAAAUGCCUAUUGAUCCAACUCCUUCCAUGCUAGGUGCACUGCUAAAUGGGUGCACGAACCAUGGAAAAUUAGAUCUUGCAGAGGUUGUUGGGAAGAGGCUUAUUGAGAUACAGCCGAAUCACGAUGGUAGAUACGUUGGUUUGUCAAAUGUUUAUGCUGUUUCCAAGCGCUGGGAUGAUGCAGGAAGUUUAAGAAAAGCCAUGGAGAGAAGAGGGGUGAAGAAAUUCCCUGGGUUCAGUUUUGUGGAGAUACGUGGAAUCCUUCACAAAUUUAUAGCCCACGAUAAAUCAUGUCCUGAUACGGAAGAAAUUUAUGCGAUGCUGAAUGUUAUUGUAAAUGAGAUUAGAUCUGAAACUGAUUACAUAGAUCAAGAUUGCUUUCUUUAUGCAGAGGAAAAUUUGUGA